AUGGAAACUGAUUCAUCACAAUCCCUGGUUACCGGAAGACAUAGAAUCAGACCAACCGUGCGAUGGCUGAUAUUCCUUUGGGCAAGUAGGCUUAUUAUCCAAACAACACCCUAUCUCAUACGCUUCCAUUCGGCUAUUCAACAUCUCAUUCACCAAAUAUAUCACCAGCUAAUGAUCCGCUUAUCACAUCACCCGCUCACAUUCUCGUCUUCAACAGUAAGAUCGUCGGACCAACAACAUCAUGUGACAGCUGAUAUUCAUGCAACCUCCUGCAACUCUAACUGCUAUCUGCCACUCUACAAAGCCGCAAUCACAGGCGACUGGGAUAGCGCUUCGAAAUUCAUGCACCGUUAUCAUAUUAGACCCACCGUUGCGAUCACACCGCAUUUGGAAACAGCACUUCACGUGGCGGUGGGGAGUACAAGCAAGUCGUCACUGAAAUUUGUGGAGAAUAUAUUAGCGGCGAUGGCGCCGGAGGAUAUUUGCACUUCGGUGAAUCAAGACGGCGAGACUGCCCUCAGUGUGGCUGCGACAGUGGGUAACACUAAGGCAGCAGAGAUGUUGGUGAGAAAGAAUCCACGGCUUCCCAAUGUUCCCAACGGCAAAAAAAUUGUGCCGCUUGUUGAUGCUGCACUUUAUGGACAACGGGAGAUGCUCAUAUAUUUGUUGAUGGUUACUGACGACAAUGUCGAACCAAGUCCUUUUACUGGUGAAUCUGGAGUUUUGCUCUUGACCCUUGUCAUAAAUUCUGGAUUUUAUGAUGUGGCUAAAUAUUUGGCUGACAAAUACCCUGAUAUGGGCAAAAGAAAAUAUGCUGGUAAAGGAAGUGCUUUGAGUAUUCUCGCCAAAAAACCUUCUGCUUUCCGAAGUGGAACUGUCACGAACUUUUGGCAAAAAGUUCUUUAUGCUUGUAUUCCGAUGAAGAAGGGCAAUUUGCCUCUGAGUGGAAACGGGGCGGGUGCAGCAGGAAGGUCCAUAGUGACUCUACAGAAAUCCGGAGGAAAGAUACGUACGGUUCUUAAGUGGAUUGCUGAGAUGCUAGAGACACUGUUGAUGAUCAAGCAUACAAGGGAGAGAAAAUUAAAUCAUCACCAGGCUUGCCAACUUGUUAAAUGCUUGUGCAAGCUAAUUGUAAACAUUGACGACUUGGAGGCCCCUGCGGAUACUUCAUGGAUUAAGUCAAUGUUUGAAAAGCCUCUCCUAUCUGCAGCAAAGUUGGGUAUUUCUGAGGUUGUAGAAGAAAUUAUACGAGCAUUUCCCUCUGCAAUAUGGUUUUGUGAUAAUCAGAGACGCAACAUUUUCCACCUAGCAGUCUUGGAUCGACGUGAAAAUGUUUUCAAUCUCUUAUAUCAGAUGACCGACAAUAAGAAGUAUCUGGUACAACAAUAUGACAAGCACACAAAUACCAUCUUGCAUUUGGUGGCACGUUUGGCUCCUGAAGAUCGAUUGAAUCUUGUUUCUGGUCCAGCUUUGCAAAUGCAGCGUGAAAUACAGUGGUACAAGGUCGUGGAAAAAAUUGUACCGCCUUCGUAUAAAGACAGAGAAAACGAAGAAGGAAAAACUCCUCUUGCGGUAUUUAUAGAAGAUCACGAGAAAUUACUUAGAGAUGGAGAAUCUUGGAUGAGGAACACUGCACAAUCAUGCACGGUGGCUGCAACAUUAGUAGCCACAGUGAUGUUUGCUGCAGCAAUUACUGUACCGGGUGGCAACGACCAAGAGAAAGGCCUUCCAAUUUUCUCCGAAAGAAAAUCCUUCAUAGUCUUUAUUAUCUCAGAUGCAAUCUCUAUGUUUUCGUCGGUUGCUUCAGUGUUGAUGUUCUUGUUCAUCCUCACCUCACGUUAUGCACAAAGUGAUUUUCUCCUAAUCUUGCCCAGGAGACUAAUUAUUGGUUUUGUCACUCUGUUUUUGGCCAUAACUUCUAUGCUCGUAGCCUUUAGCGCUACUCUAUAUCUUGUAUUAGGCCAUAGAAAAACAUGGAUUGUAGCCCUUGUUGCUGCUCCUACCAGUCUGGUUGUGGUGCUGUUCCUAUUUUUUCAAGUGCCCCUUCUUUGGGAUAUGAUAAUAUCUAUGCGUUUGGGGAGUACUUUUAAAAGGCAAAGCAAAGAAAUAUUGUACUAG